CAAAAGUAAUUUGUGUAUCCAUUGUAGUGGAAGCAGGCCACAUCAUCUGUGAUCCUAGGUCGAGUGUUAUUGGCUCAAGACCAGGACUACAGGAUACUGAUCACAGGAGGAGUGUGUGUGUCCAUCCUUCUACUGCUCCUGAUCGCAGUCUUUGUUUGGAUCAAAAGGAAGAAGCAUAUUGAUGAUUUAGCUAAGGCUAUGGUUUGGUAUGACGGCCGGGCUCACAUUCCGCACUUGGACAUGUUGGCAAACGCGAGGAGUGUCAGUCCGACUAAUGAAAUGGUCUCUCACGAGUCGGUGGACUAUAGAACCACUUUGCUUGAGGACCAAAACUUGCCUCUGUCUCAGGCCGAGUCCUGCCGGCCUCAUCUCUACGCUCAUGCCCAUGUGGAUCUGUCCCCUAUGCUCGGGCCGAUAGAAGGGGACCUGGCAUCUCCACUGUUGCCCUCUAAUGCACUUAUAGAUCUGGGCAGCCUCCAUCCAGAGCUGCUGAAGGAAGUGCAACACGUGGUCAUCGCCCGGGAAGAUCUGCUCCUACAUGUGAAUGAGAUCAUCGGGAGAGGGCACUUUGGCUGCGUGUUCCAUGGAACCCUGCUCGAACCAGAUGGCCAGAAGCAGCACUGUGCCGUCAAGUCCUUAAACCGAAUCACCGAUAUAGAGGAGGUGUCCCAGUUCCUGAAAGAGGGCAUCAUCAUGAAAGAUUUCAGCCAUCCUAAUGUACUCUCUCUGCUGGGAAUCUGCCUGCCCAGCGAAGGCUCGCCUCUCGUCGUGUUGCCGUACAUGAAGCACGGAGAUCUGCGCAACUUCAUCAGAGAUGAAGCUCACAACCCCACAGUGAAGGACCUGAUGGGUUUUGGGCUGCAGGUGGCUAAAGGAAUGGAAUAUCUCGCCAGCAAGAAGUUUGUACACAGAGACCUUGCGGCCAGAAACUGCAUGUUGGAUGAGAGCUACACAGUAAAGGUGGCUGAUUUUGGCCUGGCCAGAGACGUGUAUGAUAAAGAAUACUACAGCGUGCACAACAAGCACGGGGUCAAGCUGCCCGUCAAAUGGAUGGCAUUAGAAAGUCUGCAGACACAUAAAUUCACCACCAAAUCUGAUGUGUGGUCGUUCGGCGUGUUGCUGUGGGAACUCAUGACCCGGGGCGCCCCGCCUUACUCCGAUGUGAACUCCUUCGACAUUACUAUCUUCCUCCUGCAAGGACGAAGACUGUUACAGCCAGAGUUCUGCCCAGACGCACUAUAUAAUGUCAUGAUUGAGUGUUGGCACCCUAAACCCGAACGCCGGCCCACCUUCUCAGAGCUCGUGUCCCGCAUCGCUGCCAUCUUCUCCAGCUUCAGCGGCGAGCACUACAUCCUCCUUAACACCACCUACGUCAACAUCGAUAAGAUGACGCCCUACCCCUCUCUCAUCUCCUCUCAGAGUAACCUGAACCGUGACUGCUGCACCUGAGAGACAAAGACACCAAACAGAGGGAGGGAGAGACAGGAGAACAACAAAAAAGCCAUUGCUGUUCAUGAAAGACACUGGACUGGCUGCCAGGGGUGGCUUUUAUCAUUAAAGGAGGAAGAAAGCGGCCCAAGGACACUGUGAAAGACUAAAAAGACACAGACACUCCCUUAAUCGCUGUAAAUAGAUUAUGAUGAGCCUUGACCUGUGGAGUUAAGGUUCUCCAGUCGAGCAUAAGAUGGUCCUGAUCUCCUGGGACAGAGAUUGUGACUCCACUGCCGUUGGCAUCCCAUUAACAUUUCAUCUGUAGGGUUGCAUUUUGAUGAUUCUUGCAGUUUGUGACCAUCUGAUUCAUUCAUGCUAUUGGCAGAUGCUUUCAAACAACUUCAAGAUGUCUCAACUUGUGUUCUCCAACGUUACCUGAGCAUACUGUACGUUGACCCAUUUAUUUUCUGUGAAAAGUGUAAUAAAGCAUUGUGCAUGCCUUCAUACUAUGAACUGAGCGCAGCAUAAUGAAGUUUUCAGGAGAACACUGGACUCGCGUGAUGUUUGAUGAUGUUUUGAGGAACUUCGAAUCUGUCAAUGUUCUUGUGAGGCCUAUACGUCUGAUUCAGACCGAUAUGAAUGAUCUGAUUCUGUUUUGUUUACUUGUGUUCAGAUGAUUGUUUUCUGUCCUGGCAUUUGAAUCUUUCUGACAAGAUUUCUUCUGUAGUUCUAUAUUUUUAUAUAAUCUGCUUAAGUUUAGUGUCAAGGUGAACAUACUGCAAGGUUCACAUGGAAUCUGCACAGCUUUUUCACAUUUUCACAACUGAUUGAGUGCAUAGGCUACACAUGCAUAUAUCUAUAGAGAUAUUAUAAAUAUAUGCUUUUUAAAUUUAACAUUUUAAUUAUUAAAAGUA